UCGUUAACGGCACAAUCGUUAAGUCAAAGGCACGAAGAAAUGGGCACUCGGGAAGAUGACGAAGACGAAAUAAACCCCUUCACAAUGUUCCUAACCGACGACGACGAAGAGGCGCCAAACGGCUUCGCUAAAAUACACGAGGGUGCACCGAAGCAAGAGCUGCUGCAGAAGCACCUCCUCCGUUCGAUUCAAUCAACGGUGGUGAUUCGCCAGCUGCCUUCCGAGGGUCUCUCCUUCCAGCUCUGGCCCGCCGCCACCGCUCUCGUAUCCCUCCUCGAUCAACACCGCAUCGACCCUACCAACAGCCCCCUCUCCGUCACCCUCUCCGCCGCGCGCGACGACGGUCCCCUGAGGAUCCUCGAGCUCGGCUCCGGCACCGGCAUCGUCGGAAUCGUCGCCGCCGUCACUCUCGGUGGCAAUGUAACCCUCACGGACCUUCCUCACGUGGUUCCGAAUCUCAGAUUCAACGCGGACGCGAACGCGGGAAUUGUGGGGUCCACCGGUGGGGCCGUGACCGUUGCGCCGCUGAGGUGGGGCCACGUUGAUGACGUGGAGGCUAUUGGGCGGGAGUUCGAUCUUAUUCUGGCAUCGGAUGUAGUGUAUCACGACCACCUUUACGAGCCCUUGCUCGAAACGCUGCGUUUAAUGUUGCUGGGAAGCGGUGAGGAAAGAGAGAGGAAGAAGAUGGUGUUUGUGAUGGCUCACAUGAGAAGGUGGAAAAAGGAGUCGGCGUUCUUCAAGAAGGCGAAGAAGCACUUCGACGUCGACGUUUUGCAUACUCACAGUCCUUGCAAUGGGGCUAGAGUUGGUGUUGUUGCUUAUCGUUUUGUUGGGAAGGGUUAG